ACUCCCAAGUUACUCUCAUCCUCCGGGAGUCAGGGAGCCCGGGGUAGAAGUGAGUGGAGGGACAGAGGCCAGAGGGAACCGGAGACCCACGCAGCAGGCAAGGAAGUGGGGAUGGAGAAUGGCGAUGACCACUCUGAGGGAAGCCUGGUUGAGAACCACGUGGACGGGAACAUGAACUUGCUGGGAGGCGGAGGUGGUGCCGGCCGGAAGCCCCUUAAGUCGGGCAUGAAGGAGCUGGCCGUGUUCCGGGAGAAGGUCACCGAGCAGCACCGGCAGAUGGGCAAGGGUGGCAAACAUCACCUCGGCCUGGAGGAGCCCAAGAAGCUGCGGCCACCACCUGCCAGGACCCCCUGCCAGCAGGAGCUGGACCAGGUCCUGGAGCGGAUCUCCACCAUGCGCCUUCCCGAUGAGCGGGGCCCCCUGGAGCACCUCUACUCCUUGCACAUCCCUAACUGUGACAAGCACGGCCUGUACAACCUCAAACAGUGCAAGAUGUCUCUGAAUGGGCAGCGUGGGGAGUGCUGGUGUGUGAACCCCAACACCGGGAAGCUGAUCCAGGGAGCCCCCACCAUCCGCGGGGACCCUGAGUGUCAUCUCUUCUACAAUGAGCAGCAGGGGGCUCGUGGGGUCCACACCCAGCGGAUGCAGUAAAUCACAGCCAGCCGGUGCCUGGCACCCCCCACCCCCAUCCCUCCUCUCCAGAGCGAGGAGAGUGCUUGCGUGGUGGGUGGGGGAGGGUUUUCCAGGAGUUCUGACAUGUGUAUUUAUAUUUGGAAAGAGACCAGCACCGAGCUCGGCACCCCCCCCCGCCUUCCCCCUCCCCAGCUGGAGAUGCCUGCACCCUCCCUCCUCGCAUCCCUGCUGGAGAGGAAGGGGGUGGUUGCAGUGGCGGAGCUGGGGCAAAGGUUUGGGAGAGGGAGAAAAAGAAAUUUUUAUUUUUGAACCCCUGUGUCUCUUUUGCUUAAGAUUAAAGGAAGGAAAAAUAAAG